AUGGCUGCCAUCUUUGUCCUGCUGCUUUUCCGUGCUGGGUGGGCUCAUGCCCGUUUCACUGGGCAAGAGCCGCUGGGGAUUCCGAUUGACGUCUCCACCGAGCCAUGGACAAGCAAAUUUGGCCCCCAAGUUGACCUAGGCUAUACGGGGCCACUCAGCUUCUCCCAUUUGCCUUACUCGCGCUGUCUCGACGAUGGGUUGGCCAGAUUCGAUAUCGGGCUACUGGGCUUUCCUUUCGACACGACUACCUCAUAUCGUCCCGGUGCUCGAUUUGGCCCGUUUGCUAUUCGUUCUGGCUCGCGGCGCCAGGGACUUGCGCGCUCGACACUCGCAUGGGGGACCAGCCCAGAGGAAGAAGGGGCAGCAAUACUCGACUGCGGAGAUGUUCCUUUAUCAGCAUACGACAAUGUCAAGGCCCUCGACCAAAUGGAGGCCGCCUAUUCAACCCUUCUUGCGCGUCCUGUUCAAGGAGGCACAUCGGCUGCUUAUAAACCAAGCACCGCUGCGUUUGCACUGGACGGGAAAGAGCACCCGAGACUGGUGACUCUGGGAGGCGACCAUACGAUUGUUCUACCCAUUCUACGCGCAUUGCAUGAAGUGUACGGUCCGAUUAGCGUCAUCCAUUUUGACGCCCACCUCGAUACCUGGCCUCCAUUCUCUGUCGAUGAGCCCGUCACCCACGGCACCUUUUUCACGGUUGCAGCAGCGGAGGGGUUGAUGACCAACACCUCUAUCCACGCUGGUAUCCGCUGCAAAAUGAAUGGGUUUAGUGACAUAGAGCACGAUGAGAGUGUCGGAUUCCAGGUCAUCAGCACUGAAGACAUCGACGACUAUGGAAUUGCAGCAGUGAUAAACACGAUUCGCAAGAGGAUUGGGAAAAGUCCUGUCUAUUUGAGUCUCGAUAUUGACGUCCUUGAUCCUGGUUACGCUCCGGCCACAGGGACCAUUGAGCCUGGCGGGUGGACUGUUCGCGAGGUCAAGCGGAUACUUCGUGGCUUAUCAGGACUCAACUUUGUCGGCGCAGACAUCGUCGAAGUCGCUCCGGCCUACGACUCCGCUGACAUCACGGGCAUUGCUGCCGCCGACAUAGUGUACGACUUCCUCGCCAUGAUGCAGCUUCCCAGUCCCCCGUCCCCCCACGUCGGGCCAUUUUCACGAGCAAAGCAUGUGUAG